AUGCCUCAUUUUGUUAUUGUUCUAGGAGAAACUUUGCCCGAUAGAAGUUGCUGUUGCCAUAAGAAAGCUAAUAAACAGGGUGAUCCUGUAGAGCUUGCUGGUGGAAACGUGCACCUAAUAACAACAGCAGGGAGCUGGGAGGCAAAGUUAUCUGAAGCAAACAAGGAUGGAAAGAUUCUUGUGGCAAACUUCAGUGCGGCAUGGUGUGGUCCUUGUAGAGCAAUAGCACGAACCUACAGCAAGCUAGCUGAUAGAUAUCCUUCUAUUAUAUUUGUAACCGUGGAUGUGGAUGAACUAGCUGAGUUCUGCACUUCGUGGGACAUAAAUGCCACUCCUACAUUUUUUUUCCUUAAGGAUGGGAGACAGGUGGACAAACUUGUGGGAGCUAACAAUAAAGAGCUCCAGAAGAAGACAGCUGCAGUUGCUGACAAUGCAAACAGGACGCAAACUUGAUUUCCACCAUUACAAUUCAAUCAUAUCUGUUAUCUUGUUCAAGAGUUGCAGAGACAGUAUUGCUUGUGGUUGCUAUGUAUUUGCUCUGCUAUUGAAAAAAAUAUAUAUCAAAGCCAUUCCCCGUCAGUUCUAACAGGAGAGAAACCGUUUCUAAUGAAGUACGAAGAUAGGCAGAAAUCUUAUUGGUGCUUUGAAUCAAAUGAGCAUAGAAGAAUGUAAACAAAUCACAUAGUGAGGGUUUAGGACAGAUUUAGGUCAUUGUGGGAUGUUGUACUUUUUUAUUUAAUGUGUUUAGGAUCUUACUUAGCGGGAUUAGAAAUCCUAGAAUUCGUUGCAACUUGUAACAGAACCACUCUAAUUUGCUUUUAGAAACAAUCAGAAGUCAUUCUUUGUAAUUAAUAGCACAGGACAAUGAAAUUCCAUCUUCUGUA